AUGUACGAAUCAGCUGAGCCACUUCUUGAUAAGAAUUCUGUUAGUAAGAAAGGUUGCUGUCAGAUAACUAUGAUUUGUUUAUGCUUAUGCACUACAAUUCUAUGCAUAUUAGUGACUACAGCGACUGUCAUCUUUAUUGCAGUGGCUAUAAUGAAGAAAAACAAAGAUAUUAGCACACACAGAAUCGUUAUUGGUCUAUCGACAUUCAGAUUAAAUGAAAAUGAAACCGGUAAGUUCAACACAUCAGAUUAUUCUUUUGAUGACCUAGAAUAUAUCGAUGCAAUUCAAAAAGCUGGCGCAACUCCAAUUACAUUACCUGUGUUAACAAAUCUUUCAAUUGAUUUGAUUGAAAGACAGUUGGAUUUGAUUGAUGCUUUAUAUAUUCCAGGUGGUUACGAUAUAACGCCAUCAUUAUAUGGACAAGAUCCAACUCCUUUCUUGGAUACAACCAAUUAUGCUACAGAUAUUUACAUGUUACAGCUCAUAAAAUCUGCAUAUGCAAGAGGAAUUCCAAUAUUAGGUACUUGCAGAGGCAUGCAAAUGAUUAAUGUUGCAUUUGGAGGAACUUUGUAUCAAGAUCUUUCAUUAACUCCAAAUAAAUUACCUUCAAGAAUUCAUUACCAAACUGACAACGGAUGUAUUCCUAACCAUACAAUAAAUAUCAAUCAAAAUACUGUCCUCGCAGAAAUAUUCCCUAAUACUCCUUCCAUGAGUGUCAAUUCAUUCCAUCAUCAAUGUAUCGAUAAAGUUGCCGAUGGAUUUGUCAUUGAUGCUAUGUCUCCUGAUGGAAUAAUUGAAUCCUUCCAUAAGCAGGAAGGUAGUUUUGUUUUUGGAGUUCAAUUCCACCCAGAAUUGUUUUUAGUAUGCUCAAACUCAUUCUUACCAGUAUACCAACGCUUAGUUGAAGAGGCUAAGAAAUAUGCUAGAACAAAAUAG